AUGUUUGGAUGGAGAGCGCCACAGCAACAGGCUCUCACACACUUGCUAACAUUAAUUAUGAACCGGAUCAAGUUGUAUGAGCCCCUACCUCACCAGCGGUUAGUCAUCAUACCGGACGCAUGCAACGUAGAAGUCGGAGCAGCGGUGUUUGUGCAGAUACCACCACCGGGCACGUUGGAAUACGAUGAGGAACAAAGCAUAUCGGAUAGAGCGGAGGUAGUUUACAAUCCGAUCGACGAUUUGAGGUCAGUGCCGGAGUUCACGCCAUUCGUGCCUAGGAAUGCGGCUACCGAUAUACAUAGUGAAGACACAGAAGACCACCUAGGUCGCACUCAGGAGGAUAUGGUACAACAGAACACACCAACUCAGAGGGGCACACUUGAGCACCUGUCGCGCACUCAGAGUGGCACACUUGAGAACCGAUAUACAACUCAGAGUGUCACACUUGAGAAUGAUGUAGGGUCACAAACGAAGCAGAGUGGUGCACUUGCAGAGGAUUCAGGGCUACAGUUGACAGCAGACUUUACCCAGGGUGACGAUGGAUAG